AUGGCGGAGCUACAAAGGCGCUUUGAUCAGCAAAGGGCUGAAGAUGUUGCGCAGCGGACAAAGGAUCAGGCUAAGAUCCAGGAACUGGGUUCCACUAUACAGCGCAUGGAACAGAUGCUAGCGCGAGCACUGUCAGCACCUGCUUCCCAGCAGCAGCAACAAGAAGUAGAGGAACUACCCCAGCGUACGAGAGCUACAAUCAGCCCCUAUACGCGCAAGAACACACGCGAGCCUGCCAUAGAAAUGCCAGCUCGACUCCGUGUGGAAGACUUCCCAAAGUAUGAUGGAUCAUAUAAAGGCAAGCGUGACGUGGACACGUGGCUUGAACAGGUCACAGCUAUCUAUGAGUUCUCCGGUCAAACGGAGAGUCAGCUACUGAAGCUUAUUCCACGUCUGCUAGAGCACAGCGCACGCGAUUGGUUUGUUGGCCUGAAGGAUCAGCGCUAUGACUACCAUACGUGGGACGACUGGCAAGACGCCUUCCGCAAUGCGUUCAGAGCACCCAACUACUUGGAUCAGAUCCACAUGGAGCUCUCUCGACGCCGUCUGCGUCCAGAUGAACCGUUCUCCACAUACUUUCAGGACAAGCUCAAUCUCAUCAACAAGCGCUAUAGUAAUGGGCUAAAGACGUCGAUGAAGAUCCAAGAGAUCAUCAUGGGUAUGCCAAUCAGCAUGCACCCAUUCAUUCACUUGUCUGUCAACACCUCAACUAUGUUGGAAGAGUUCCGUCGACUUAUCAUGAACCUUGAAGAUGGCCUGCGCGCAAACGGCUUUAACAACGCAACCUAUAAGACGUAUCAGGGAUACCGUCAAGACACAGAGAGAGCACCGCUGCGCAAGGAGCGCUAUCAGAGCACUGAGCCACGCUCGCAACGACCACCACAUCAGAACUACCAUCAAAGAACCAGUGCUAGUCCGUCAUAUCAGAACCGUCAACCAAUUCAACCGCUACGCCAGCCAAGGCCAGGCCAGCAAACAUCAAGGCUGCCUUGCUUCCGCUGCGGCAAGGAUGGACAUUGGGCAAAGGAUUGUCCAAGUCCUAAUUUGCGCCAAGGCCCUACAAGUAACAACGUCACCACCAAGCCUGUGGCAACCAAGUCAAACGCCACACAGCUACCCUUCAACCGCUACCAGAAACCAUCUGUGGAAGACUCUCCAGAUGCGGAAGUAAACGUCAUAGUCACGCGCUCUAAGACCAAAGCGUUCACAGAGUCCCCACCACCAAUUCCUGAUGAGGAGCUUGCAGUCCAAAACGUCUCAAGAUCGGCAGUCAGCACCCCGGAGUGCCCCUCCAGCGCCAAACCAGUGACGCCACGUCCAAUGAAGCAUCUGCGCAUCACUAAGCCCUGGCACAAUCCUACCGCUGGUCUACCCUCAUACUCAGAGAAGACGCCUGCCACUGCUUGCGUCUGGUUCAACGGUAAGAAGGCUAGUCAUCUUGCGUGCAUUGACUCCGGGUCUUCAAUCUCCCUCAUAGAUCAGGCUUAUCUAGAGGAACAUCUGCCGUCGCUGCAGCCCCAACCCUGUUCUGGAUUUAGCAUACGAGGCUUGGGAUCCGGCUCUCAAGUUUGGUCAUAUGUUGACAUCGACACAGGAUUCAUAUCAGACAACAGGCAGCUGCUCGUCAUCAGUCUGCGUUACUACGUUAGUCCAUUCAAUCACACCAAGGUCAUCAUUGGGAACGAUGCACUUCAUACAUAUGGCGCAACCAUCAGCUUCCAGAAGGACCGCAUGAGCUUUGCAGAACACCCCAACGAGCUGUUCCGUAUCUCGGCACAACAGCCCUCUGCCAAAGAUGCCGCAGGAAAGCCAAUGCGCGCCACAGAGAAAGAAUCUUACUAUGCUACCACAGAAGAGGCUGACAUCAUGGAAUUCAAGAAGGCCCUUGAAGCAGCCAACGUCAAUCAGGACUUGACGCCAGAACAAGCUCAACAGUUAGAAGAACUGCUUGUUGAGAAUCGCAAGGCUUUUGCCUAUGGAGACCGGCAAAUAGGAAGCACGGACAUCAUCAAGUUUGAUGUGGACACAGGCAACGCCGCUCCUAUCAGUCAACCACCAUAUCAUGCAAGCCCAGCUGGACGCAAGGUCAUAGAGGAAGCCAUUGAGGAGAUGCUUGCGCUAGACCUUAUUGAGCCGUGCGACUCAGCAUGGGGCUCACCAGUUGUGCUAGUGCCACAAGGGGACAAGGUACGCUUCUGCGUCGACUAUCGCAAGCUCAAUGCUGUCACCAAGAAAGACGUCUACCCACUGCCAAGGAUAGACGACACGCUCAAUGUCUUUGCCAACAAGAAGUGGUACACAUCACUCGACGCCAACAAAGGGUUCCAACAGACGGUGUGCCCUAGCACUGCCGUGAUGGACAAGCUUGCCUUCCGCACGCACAUGGGCCUGUUCCGGCCUAAAUGUAUGCCCUUUGGAGUGGUCAACGGACCCUCAGUCUUCCAACGGCUCAUGGACAUAGUCCUCAGCAAAAGCAAGUGGAAGCACACCAUUGUAUACAUUGACGAUACCAUCACAUACUCAGACACCUUUGAAGAACACCUGGAGCACCUACGCGAUGUACUACAGCGUAUCAUAG